UCGAGCAGCCACUUCACACAGGCAAGCAAGGGUAGUGAGACUCAGAGGUUCAGGCAUGGCAGCUCCAAGAGCACUCGCCCUCGCCGUCCUGCUGGCGAUCGCUGUCACCAACGCCGAGGCCGCUUCCGUGGUCGUCGGCCUGGCCAAGUGCGCCGACUGCACCAGGAGGAACAUCAAGGCCGAGGAAGCUUUCAAGGGUCUUCAGGUGGCGAUCAAGUGCAAGAACGUCCACGGCGACUACGAGAGCAAGGCAGUGGGUACCCUCGACCGCACCGGCGCUUUCAGCGUGCCCCUGGCCGCCGACCUCCACGGCGCCGACUGCGUCGCGCAGCUCCACAGCGCCGCCUCCAGCGCCCCGUGCCCUGGCCAGGAGCCGUCUAAGAUCGUGCCGGUGUCCGAGGGCACCACCUUCGGCGUCGUCGCCGGCGACAACAUUACCACGCCUUCUGCAGCAGCGUCGCCGGAGUGCGCGUCCAUGACCCUGUGCGGGCCGAUCAAGAAGCACAUCAUCGAGCACUUCCACCACAAGAAGCCCGUGCCGCCCAAGCCGGAGCCCAAGCCCCAGCCCCACCCUGACUACGGCCCCGUGCCCAAGCCCGAGCCCAAGCCGCAGCCCCACCCGGACUACCACCCCGUCCCUCCCACGCCCACCUACGGCGGCGGCGGUGGAUACCACGGACACCACUGAGUCCGAUCUACCACCGUCCUGCCCAGCGCUGAAAUCUCAUCACCGGGUUCAUGGGCAUGAACUCAUGAUCGGCGUUGCUAUUUAUGAUCGGUUUGCAUGUGUGGGUAUCGUUAGGUCUUCUGCCAUUCGCUGCAGAGUUGAGAGUUCAGAAUAACAGAUGUAUGUGUGUCACUGUGUCAACCGAGUGUGAAGGUGUGUUGCUUUAUCAAGAUUUUGUAAUUUCGGUGCGUUUACCGAAGUUAUUAUGAAUCAAGUAAUGUAUUUAAACAA